UUAAAAGACCUUACAUAUACCCAAAGCAACAUACAGAAAGAUAGACUUAUAAUGCGUAAAGGAAAAGGAAACCCAUGCAUCAGAAUGUUAGAUGAUUCUGUGACAAGAUUUUUGCUGUCUUUCUUUAUUUGUCUUGCUCUCCGUUGUGGAAAAUACAUCAGUUUCAUAUACUCUUCAGUAUAAAAUACAAUCCUUAAGUCAUGGAUAAAACUGGAAAGACUAGUGAAAUGAAUUUAAGUAAUGAGGGCCAAAAUAGGAACUCUAAAGAACUUGAGGAAAGUAAAAUUACACUAGAGCAGCAAACUGAAAGACCUCUAAAUCAUUUAGAAAGUCCAAGUGUAAAAGAAUGCAGUGGUGGUGGUGAUAUAAAUAAUGAAGAUUUUAAUGCUUUAGGGGUCCACCAGGUUGAGUUCGGUGCAACAGGUGUUUGCCCUCGUAGCCAGUCCAAGCAACAGGAAGAGACUGGUCAUGUAUCCAGGAACUUGGAACAUUCUGAAGGUAAUACUUCAUUUCAAUGCUGUCAGCCUGUAUGUUCCAUAUUGAAGGGUGAGAAUGACAGCCAUGUGGAGCAAAUGAAUGGCAAUGUGGAAGAAUCUGAAAUGGAUGCCUUGAAAGGUCGAGAUUCAGAUGAAAUUUUGGAGCUUACUGUAAAUGAGUCUGAAAAAGAUCAUAAAUACGUUUAUUUAAGAAUGAGAUAUUUAAUGUUUUCGUUUUUCAAAGGGAACACCAAGUGUUUAGAGAAAAUUGACAAACGUGCAUCAAUUCUUUAUGGAUACAUCCAUCCAACAAAACCUAUCAUUGAUCUUUGGGCAGUAAGAAUAAGUGUUUCAUUUAUACCAGCAGAAGCAAGGGAAGAAGCUUACAGAUUUGGUACAUUCUGCUUGAGAGUUGAUCUAGAAAGAGGUAUCAGUAUUUUAUUAGCCAGAGAAGGGUUUUUCUGUAACAAUAAUUCAGAUAUAAUUUGUGCUUUCUGUGGACGCUCAUUACAGCAGUAUCAUCUACGUCUUGGAGACAGACAUUUGAAUGUCUUCCUGGAAAGGCAUAGACAUAUCUGUAAUUUAGCUCAUAACAUUUCAAUGGCUAUCUAUGGAAUUAACCUUGCACAUCAUGUGCAAGUUAUGCAAGGAAACCAUGAUAGUUUAUGUGUCUCAGGAAGCCAUUACCAACAGCAGGGAGUAUGUACAUAUGCUCAACAGAUACGUAGACCUUUUUCAAAUAUUGUUCCCUCCGGAACAAUUAACAAUGAAACUCAACGAUUCCUUCCAUGGCCAAACCUAGUUGAGCAUCAAAGAAUGGAUGGAAACAAUAGCAUUCCAAGAAAUGCAGAUGCUGUGCAAAUGGAAAAUCAAGAGUCUAAUCCACGUCAGGAUCAAUCAACAACAGAACACUUGGCAAAGACAACAAAAUCUGGUGCUCCUGCCACUACUGUUCAAGGAUCAGCAACAUUACAGGCAGAUUGUUUUAUGACAGGAGCUACUGGUACUUCAGCUGAUCUACCAAGUUCUCAAAGUGAAAGGGAUAGAGUUACAAGAGUUGAUGAUAUUGUACAAGCUCUUGUAGGCUCUAGUAUUGGGACAACAGUUAUUGGUCUUGGAUUUACAAGAGGAGACGUUGUAGAUGGUAUACGGAGACUACUUAGAACUGGAGAACGAGUUACUGCUGACAGUAUCAUUUGCGAGAUAACAAAGAGAAUGUAAACAUUAGCGUUCAAUUUUCAUGAGGAAAUAUUUUAACACCUGUGCUUAGAGAUCAUGAUAAAAAACAGUGUAUAACAUUAAAAGGUAACAUAGGACGAGGUGGGAAUACAUUACUGGGAAAAAGAUGGAGAUUCAUCAAUUUAGUAACAGAUACAUUAAAAUAGAGACAAAUAUCAGUUAUACAUGGAUAUAUCGAUAUAUACUCCUAAUUUCUUGUGUAUAAUUUACUUUCAUAUAUGUUCUGUUCAUACAAAUAUGUUGUGCCCUGUUCAUUUAUGUCCUUUGCAUUAUACUUUCUAACCAUUUUUUGUCGUCAUUUUCAAAGGUGUAUAGAUUAUUGAUCAACAGAAAAAUAACAACGAUACAUCAGUAUUGUUUCUGUUAAUGAUAGCUUAUUAGAAUAGACUAGGGCUAGGGCUUAUAUAGACUAGGGCUUCCAUUUAGUUACAAAAGUUGGAAGUCAGAGACUGCAAAAUGUCUUAAACUUGAAGUCACAUUAUAUAAGAAAAGUAGGAAUUGGGUUAUAUUUUGGAAGUACCAGGCCAAAAUCAGAAGUUAAUAAUGACUCCCAAACUUUCAGUAAUGGAGACAAUGAAAUGAAAAGAUGAUUUUAAUUUUUGAUAAUUUCGACUGAUUUGAUACACUUACUAUAUAAUACUCUGUUCUUCACAUAUAUGAUCACAGAUAAGUAUAAUUAGAAAUCCUCUACUUUCAUCUAGUAAAUCUACUUCAGGAUUUUCCUGAUUUAUUGGUAAUAUGUGAAAAGACAGUUCUAAAUAAUGGCCUAAUUCAUUCAAUCAUAUAAAUAUGAAUAGCAAGUUUAUAGAAUGAUAAUUUGUCAAAUAAAUGUCAUUUCUGUAUUUCGAAUGUUUAUAGAGUGAAAUGCCCUAGUAAAUUUAUAUUAGAUACUAUGUUCUUGUUAAUUUAACGUAUACAAAGGUAUGCAACUAUUAGGCCUACAUUGCAAGAUAUGAUCAUGUAAUUGUAUAGUAAAGAUGCAAAUGAUGCUGUCUUUCAAAUGUUUUAACUAUUCUUAUAUUCUAUAUGAUAUUUUUGUAGUGUAUAAGUUAGGAAGAAUGUCUAACAUGAAUUGUUUGUUUAUAGAGUUAACAUCAUAGAUAUAAUGCAGAAAUAUAUAUUUAUAAAAUAAUUGUAGCAUUUCAGUAAGACGAUAUCUGAUAGUUAUAUAAUGGGUAUAAUAAUGUGUUAUAUAAUAUGUAUAAUAAUAUUCAUAUCAUUGUUAAAGACCUCGUUGUAAUUAGCAGACAUAUCUGAAAGUCAUUUAAUGACUAUAAUUAUGAACAUUGUUAGAGGCCUUGUACUAAUUUAGCAGUCAUAUCGGACAGUUAUAUAAUGACUAUAAUAAUGAACAUUGUUAGAGGCCUUGUACUAAUUUAGCAGUCAUAUCGGACAGUUAUAUAAUGACUAUAAUAAUGAACAUUGUUAGAGGCCUUGUACUAAUUUAGCAGUCAUAUCGGACAGUUAUAUAAUGACUAUAAUAAUGAACAUUGUUAGAGGCCUUGUACUAAUUUAGCAGUCAUAUCGGACAGUUAUAUAAUGACUAUAAUAAUGAACAUUGUUAGAGGCCUUGUACUAAUUUAGCAGUCAUAUCGGACAGUUAUAUAAUGACUAUAAUAAUGAACAUUGUUAGAGGCCUUGUUCUAAUUUAGCAGUCAUAAGAUGACUUUAAUUUUUGUUUGGUGUUUACAUCACCUGAAGGACCACAUGCUCAAGUUUAGCAAAUAAGGCUCACUAUUUAAAUUUAUGAUUUUAAGUUUACUUUAAAAACUUUAUAUACUUUUGUUCUCUAUCAAUUUUUUUAAUGAUGGGAUUGACUUCAGGUUUCAAAUUGUUAUC